AUGGCUCAGCUCAACCACACAUGGGCCCAGAGUUUCAUCCUUGCUGGUUUCAGUGCCUCAGGAACCCUGCGACCCCUUGCCUUCCUGGGGACCCUGUGCAUCUAUCUCCUCACGCUGGCUGGGAACCUGUUCAUCAUUGUCCUGGUCCGGGCAGAUGCAGGACUGUCCACACCCAUGUACUUCUUCAUCGGGGUCCUCUCCUUCCUGGAGCUCUGGUACGUCAGAGCCACGGUGCCCACGCUGCUGCACACCUGGCUCCGUGGGCGCUCAGCCGUCUCGGCGGCGGCGUGCUUCCUCCAGCUGUAUGUCUUCCACUCCCUGGGCAUGACAGAGUGCCAUCUGCUGGGCGUCAUGGCGCUGGACCGCUACCUGGCCAUCUGUCGCCCGCUCCACUACCACGCACUCAUGAGCAGAAAGGUACGGUGCUGGCUAGCAGGGGCCACUUGGGUGGCGGGCUUCUCAGCGGCGCUGGUGCCGGCCGGCCUCACGGCCACUCUGCCCUUCUGUUUGAGAGAGGUGGCCCACUACUUCUGUGACCUGGCACCGCUGAUGCGGUUGGCGUGUGUGGACACUGGCUGGCACGCUCGAGUGCAUGGGGCAGUGAUUGGUGUGGCCACUGGCUGCAACUUCGUGCUCAUUUUGGGACUCUACGGGGGUAUCCUGAGGGCUGUGCUGAAGCUGCCUUCGGCUGCCAGCCGGGCCAAGGCCUUCUCCACCUGCUCUUCCCACAUGACCGUGGUGGCCCUCUUUUAUGCCUCUGCCUUCGCGGUCUAUGUGGGGCCACCUGGGAGCCGCUCUGAAGGCACAGACAAGCACAUCGCCUUGGUGUACACCCUUUUCACUCCUUUCCUCAACCCCAUUAUUUAUAGUCUUCGUAACAAGGAGGUGAAGGAGGCUGUCAGGAGGGUCACCCAGAGGAUUAGGGCUCUGUUGAAGGGACACUGA